AUUUUCUUUGCGGAUGAUCGAUCCAAAAAUAAAUUAUUACUCGGUGCAGUUUUGUGUAGUUGAAUCUAGGAUAUUUUCUUCCAAAAACCGUCUUCACUGCAGCUGGUCAAUUAAUUCUGAAGUGAAGAUCUCGCGAAAUGUCUUUUGUUAGACUUUUCGAAUCGGGCGGAACAAAAUGGUUACUACUAACCAGAAAAGGAAUAGCACUACCGGGGAAUGUCACAAGAGGUCUGUUUACCGGAACUGGUUACGACCUAGCGAGAUUUACUGGGAGCAAUAGCGUGCCGGUUCCAAGUUCUCGUAAGCAGUUCAAUAACUACGAGAGCCGCCAUAGAAGCCGUGCUGGUGAAAGAGGGUAUAAAAAUUUUGGCCAUAAACCCGAAAAGGAGGCACUAUUUACGAAACUUUUUGGCGCUGCGUUGGUAACGGUUAUAGUUGGAGCUUGUAUAGAUUGGAAAAAACUUAGGCGGGCUAUCGAUUGGCCAAAGGUCGAUGCAGAUGUUGGAGAACAUGUCGGAAAAAAUAAUGCCAGCAAAGUGGAACAGGAUGACGAAGAUUCGGAAGGUGAUGAUGAGGAGGCUCAAGCUAAAAAGAAGGCUAAAAAAGAGAAGAUUGGCUUUCGGGAUCGCAAGAUAAUAGAGUACGAAAACCGCAUGCGAUCCUUCUCGACGCCGGACAAGAUCUUUCGCUAUUUCGCUACUGUGAAGCUGAUUCAUGGCGAAUCGUCCACGGUUUAUAUGACACCGUACGAUUUUCUGCGCGCCAUUACGCCGGGACUGAAGCAACCGGAUGGCCUCGGAUUGGAUCAGUACAAACGCUACGAUGCCAGGAGCGUAUCAACCCGGCUCGAUUUGCAGCUGGAUAGCGACAGCAUAUUCUACAAGCUUGGAUCGUAUGGAUUGAUAUCCUUUUCCGACUACAUCUUCCUGCUGACGGUGCUGUCAACAUCACGGCGUCACUUUGAGAUUGCGUUUCGCAUGUUCGACCUUAACGGCGAUGGAGAUGUGGACAGUGAGGAGUUCGAAAAGGUAGCAAAUUUGAUUCGACAGCAGACCAGCAUCGGCAACCGGCAUAGAGACCACGCGAAUACUGGUAAUACGUUCAAGGGUGUAAACUCCGCUUUGACUACGUACUUUUUUGGACCUAAAAAUGAUGAAAAAUUAACAAUAGAGAAAUUUUUAGAUUUUCAGCAGCAGCUUCAAAGAGAAAUUCUCACUCUAGAAUUUUUACGUAAGAAUCCGGAUGAGAACGGUAAUAUUAGCGAGUCAGACUUUGCCGAACUUUUGCUAGCGUAUGCUGGCUAUCCACAAAAAAAGAAGAUCAAGAAGAUCAAGCGCGUGAAGAAAAGAUUCCGCGAUCACGGUGCCGGCAUUUCGAAGGAGGACUACCUCAACUUUUUCCACUUUCUAAACAACAUCAACGACGUCGAUACUGCUCUAACUUUCUACCACAUUGCCGGUGCGUCCAUUGAUCAGGCCACACUGAAACAUGUGGCGAAAACGGUAGCACUGGUAGAGUUGACCGAUCACGUCAUUGACGUUGUCUUCACGAUAUUCGAUGAAAACAUGGAUGGUCAGCUAAGUAACCGUGAGUUUGUGGCGGUAAUGAAAAAUCGACUUCUGCGAGGCUUGGAAAAGCCAAAAGAUACCGGAUUUGUCAAAUUAAUGCAUUCGAUUCUCAAAUGUGCCAAAGAUACUAAGCCCGUCCUGUUGGAUUUCCAUUCUCGAAGACGUUACUAUCCUUGAAUUUUACAAGAAAUCCGGUAUAUGGAUAACUGGCGAAGAUACUGCCUGCCAGAGGUAAACUUAACUGAGAUCCUCAAAUCAUUAUACAGCGUAGUCCGAUGAUAAGAAAGCAAUUGCUUUCAAAUAUCGUGAAUUUGUUUCUUACUUGUUAAUCUCAAAAGAGCUGUGGUUUACCUAUUAAAUUUGGCAUUUUUUAAAUAUUUAGUAUGUAUAAUUAGAUAACUAGCACUUAUUCGUAUGGUAUGGUAGAAAUAUCACCAAGUCUCCUAGUGAGUGUUAAAUACAAUUUUAAUUAUGUUUAUUUUUAUCUGGCUAGCACAUUACCACAUCGUUAGAUUUGAUUGAGAAGCAUAAAGUAUUCGUUUAUUAUCGUAUUUUGUUGUAAUUACUUAUGUAAAUGAACCAACUCGUA